UACAAAUGAUACCUGCAUCGUAGUUGUAACCAAAGAGCAUAGAGCGGAUCUAUGAUCUUUGGCAGGAACUCACUCAAUUGCACGACUGUUACAUUGACAUGAGCUCUUGCUCUCAUCAGCCAUACUUGACACUUGGAAGGACUGCCGACCCAAAAUGGACAAUUCCACAAAAAGCAAAGAAGAAAUUGAGUCAACUUGGGAUUUAUUUAAUCUCCAUAAAGUCCGGGAUGAAGAGGAAAGUCAAACGACGUUGAUGGGAGUAGUGAAGUUCCUUUGCUGCUUGAGCCUUGGACUCCUUGUUCUGGGUCUUGCCUUCCUUAGCAGGGUUUCACUUCUGCUGCUAAUUUCGGCCACAAGCGAUGGUUCAGUACACUUCACCAACAAGCCCUUCAGUCACUUAAUCCUUGGCUGCAUCUUGAUAAUUCCCAGCAUUUUGACUGCUGCUAAAUGUCUAUGGAAACUUUCAUUCCAUACUGAGUCAAUGCUCUCAGCAGGCAGCCUGGCAACGGUGUGCCUGCUGGAAGCAGUUGCAUCCUUUGGUACGGCAUCGCUGGUUGUCAUCUGCCUUCCCCAAUAUGACAUCCUGACAAUGGUGUUCAUUUCCAACAGUAUUUGUCUCAUCCCAUCCAUACUACAAGUGAUCUCUCUGAACAUCAGCCAUCGCUUCAAAGUUGCAGCACCUCUGGCCGGGCUUCUCCUUCUCUUGGGUGGCUAUGGUCUAUUUCUCUUUGUCCAGAUUUCCUUUACCUGAGGAGACACGAUGGGAUGUCCUUGGGUCUUGUCAUUUUAUUCUCAGUUUUAACUUCCCUAACCUGGUGGGAGAACUUCAUCUCCAACUGGAAGCAUCCAGUAUUUAGACGUCUGAGAUCUGACGUGGAUAAAUGCAGGAACGUGAUGAGCCUGUGCAUAAGUGUAGUGAGAACUCUUGUUACUGCCUGUGUUGUGGGAGCUUGGAUUCCUCUUCGGGGGCUGGAGUGGGCAACUAUCACUGACGUUGCAUCCCAUGAACUCAGAAUAAUCCUGGGCCUUCUGGGGGUGCAGGCGGGGGCAUCGGUCUUGUGUUCCUGGUUUGGGGGCGUUGCAUGUAAGAUCCACGCUGUGAAGCGAAGCUUUGGUCUCCCUUUGAUCCUCAAUACUCCCGUGGUGCUGGCUGCUUUCCUGUUAGUGUUUAGUGUUCAUUACAAUGAGGUUCUGCAGACAAACAACGGUUUGAAUCUCUCAGAUUUCUGUGCCAGUUCCAUUGGUGUUGCAAAUAAUAUACCUCGUGUGGAGGUCCUGUAUUCAGAAAUCAUUCGCAGCAUCUGCAACCAGAGAGAUAUAGUCAAUGUGCUCAGUGUGAGUUUAGUGGGAGCUGCUGGGGUGUGCUGGUGGGUUGGACUCAUCCUCACAACAAUCUACGUGUGGACCCAGAACGUCAACAGAAUACAGCGGACGUCAGAGACCUUUGUUCGGAGAAUGUACGAAGCUGCCUUCUUGGAACAAUCCAUGCUGCUGAACACAAGGCUUCACAUCAUUCCACAGCGCACAGAGGAGAGCGAUCCAAGGAAAACGAGACGAGAAAAUCUGAUGAUUUAUAUAUGUGCUACCUUAUGGCAUGAAACUGCUGGGGAAAUGCUCCGUUUAAUAUCGUCACUGUUCAGGCUGGACAGAUUCAGGGAAAAGCGCUGGAAGACUUCGGAUAAAAGUGAUGACAGCUUUGACUUUGAAGUCCACGUCAUUUUUGACGACGCCUUCAAGAAUGUUACAGACAAGGAGGCGGGCACCAAGAAGAGAGUGAUUAAUGAAUAUGUUGAGUCACUUAUCAGCGCCAUCGAUGAAACGUACAGAAUAUUUCAGAAAAAUAUCUCGACAAAGUCUUUGGGUGGUAAAGAUGAAAGUUGUGCUUCAGGAAGGAAAGUGAUUUCCACUCCCUAUGGAGGACGACUUUGCUACACUUUACCUUGUGGAAAUGUUCUACACAUCCACCUGAAAGACACACAGUUUGUCCAAAACCGGAAAAGAUGGUCACAGGUGAUGUGUAUGUACUAUCUGCUGGGCUGGAGACUGUACAGGAAGCACUUUGUCUGCCAACAGCUGCAUCCAGAGGAUGUAACUAAAAUACAUGCAAGGCUGGAGACUGAGAAAAAGAACACGUACAUUCUGACUCUGGAUGGAGACACUGAAUUCCAGCCAUCUGCCGUGACUCUGCUGAUCGACAGACUGAGGAGAUACCCUGGAGUUGGAGCAGCUUGUGGACGGAUACACCCAACUGGGUUUGGUCCGAUGGUGUGGUACCAGAAGUUUGAAUAUGCCGUCAGCCACUGGCUCCAGAAGACAGCUGAACACGUGCUGGGCAGUGUGCUGUGCAGUCCAGGUUGUUUCAGCUUGUUCAGAGCCGCAGCCCUAAUGGAUGAAAAUGUUGUGAAAAAGUUUGCGAUGAAGCCCACGACAGCUGUGGAGCAUCUACAGUUUGAUCAAGGUGAAGACCGCUGGCUUUCCCUCCUGCUGCUGCAGCAAGGCUGGAGAAUCGAAUACUGUGCAGGAUCCGACUCCUACACCAACGCCCCUCGGGAUUUCAAGGAGUUCUUCAACCAACGGCGACGUUGGGAUCCUUCAAAAAUAGCAAAUGCCAUUGAGUUGUUGGGUAAUGGAUUUGCAGCUUCAAGGAAAAACCCAUCCGUUUCAAAACCAUUUCUCCUCUACCAGAUCUUAUACUUGAUGGCAACGCUUGUGGGGCCAUCAACCGUCUGUUUUCUGAUUGCAGCUGCUCUGUCGUUCUUCACUGGGUGGAAUUACAACUGGUGCCUGAUAGUUUCAAUGAUCCCUCCAAUAAUUUACCUCAUUAUCUGUUACACGACAACACCCGACACUCAGAUCACAGUGACAGCUGCCUUUACUGUCCUUUAUACCCUGGCAAUGAUUGGCGGAGUUUGUACCGCUUUUAGCAUAAUAAUCAGUGAUGGAACAAUCGUAUCACCAAUUGGUAUUUUCAUUACUGCCCUUGUACUCCUUUACUUCAUCACUGCACUGUUGCACCCAAAUGAACUGCCUCUUGUUCUGUAUGGACUGCUCUAUCUCCUUUGCAUUCCCACUGCCUCCAUGCUGCAACCAAUUUACUCCCUGGCAAACUUGCACGUCACAUCUUGGGGAACGAGAGAGACCAGGGCAAAGGAGCAAAAUGGAAGCGCACCCAAGGAUCGCCACCUGAAAUACAAAAUAGGUCGCUGGUACCUUGAAUGGGUAAUUCAUGGUCGGAAAGCUCAGCAUCCCACUAAAGAGACGAUUGAGAGUACAAAUGAAACAGACAAAGCCACGAAGGAACUGGACUUACCAAUAGAAAACCGCUGGGUCUCUGAGCUGAACGAAACAACAUUCUUUACCGAAGAUUCCCUGGAAGAAGAUGAGACCUUAUUUUGGAGUCAGCUGAUUCAGACGUAUCUACAACCUGUCCAUGAAGAUGCAUGGCAUUCGAAAAUAAUACAGAGAGAACUCCUAUCACUCAAGGACAAGGCUAUCUUCUUGUAUUUGAUGAUUAAUGUGCUCUGGCUGGGAGGAACAUUUCUCCUACAAUUACUUACUGAUGGAAUCGUCAGCCCCAAAAUCAUAAACAAUGGGACAGUUGUGGAGGAUGGGUUUCUCAGGAUACAACCGGUGUCAUUUGCCUUUCUAGCCACCUUUGCAGUUUUAAUCUUCAUUCAGUUUGUGGCGAUGCUCUACCACAGAAUCUACACCUUCAUCCACUUGAUAUCACACAGUUCAACAAACGUGUCUCAGUCACACAACAAAGAUAUUUGGUCUCAGGCUACAGAAGACGGUAACCUGAAGUGGAAGAAAGACUUGAUUAUGCCCCUGAGCCCGGAUGCUACUGAAAUGAGUGAGGACUCGGAGAAACACAGCAAACAGUUCGAGGAUUGAGUUCAGUGAUAAUGGCAACGAGAGCGUCACCAACUACAAUGACCCAGACUGGCUCAGGAAUUAACCAUCACAUUAUCGAAAGGACAGUUUCAUCAUUAGAUAUACCGACCGAUGGAAUCUUGUUGGAUACCAACAGGUACACUAACAAGAAACAAUUUACAUCUUCAAUCAGAUCAAAUUAAAUCAACGAAGAUAGACACAAAAUGCUGGAGUAACUCAGAGGGGCAGGCAGCAAUAAGCAAUAUUUCGGGUCA